CCCCUUUUUCCAUUUCUGAACAGGCAUGUUCCAGGCAGCUCACCCGACUCCUUAGAGUACCAUGGGAUCUGUAGGGUCCUGAGCGUCGGAGAAGCAGGAAAGCAUAUCCAAAAACGAAGGGCUUGCAUUCAGAAGAAGAAUCGAGCCCUGCUGGGGAUUUUUUUCUUUUUUUUUUUGGUCUUGGUUGUGCGGACGGAGGAAGAGGAGGUUUUGCGGCCCAGUCGAACUUGAGGCAACGCGAAGGACCCUUCAGGCGGCGCCGAGGGCAGCCCCGCAGCCGGGGCCUGGUGCAGCCGCCGCGGCCGCUGUCAGGGAAGCGCAGGCGGCCAAUGGAACCCGGGAGCGGCCGCUGCUGCUGAGGCGGCGGUGUCGGCAGCCCGACCCCGACCGCCCGCACUCCCUCCGCGGGGGUCCCCCGGAGCUUGGAAGCUCCAAGUCUGGCUGUGGCCAUGGGAGACACAGUAGUGGAGCCUGCCUCCCUGAAGCCAACUUCUGAGCCCACUCCUGGCCCACCAGGGAAUAAUGGGGGCUCCUUGCUAAGCGUCAUCACGGAGGGGGUUGGGGAACUAUCAGUGAUUGAUCCUGAGGUGGCCCAGAAGGCCUGCCAGGAGGUGCUGGAGAAAGUCAAGCUUUUGCAUGGAGGCGUGGCCAUCUCUAGCAGAGACACCCCACUGGAGUUGGUCAAUGGGGAUGGUGUGGACAGUGAGAUCCGUUGCCUGGACGAUCCACCUGCCCAGAUAAGGGAGGAGGAAGAUGAGAUGGGGGCCACUGUGGCCUCAGGCACAGCCAAGGGAGCAAGAAGACGGCGGCAGAACAACUCAGCCAAACAGUCUUGGCUGCUGAGGCUGUUUGAAUCAAAACUAUUUGACAUCUCUAUGGCCAUUUCAUACCUGUAUAACUCCAAGGAGCCUGGAGUGCAGGCCUAUAUCGGCAACCGGCUCUUCUGCUUUCGCAAUGAGGAUGUGGACUUCUAUCUGCCCCAGUUGCUUAACAUGUACAUCCAUAUGGAUGAGGACGUGGGUGAUGCCAUCAAGCCCUAUAUAGUCCACCGUUGCCGCCAGAGCAUUAACUUUUCCCUCCAGUGUGCCCUGUUGCUCGGGGCCUACUCUUCAGACAUGCACAUUUCCACUCAACGACACUCCCGUGGGACCAAGCUACGGAAGCUGAUCCUCUCAGAUGAGCUGAAGCCAGCUCACCGAAAGAGGGAGCUGCCCUCCUUGAGCCCAGCCCCUGACACAGGGCUGUCUCCCUCCAAAAGGACUCACCAGCGCUCUAAGUCAGAUGCCACCGCCAGCAUAAGUCUCAGCAGCAACCUGAAACGAACAGCCAGCAACCCUAAAGUGGAGAAUGAGGAUGAGCCCGUGAGACUGGCUCCUGAGCGAGAAUUCAUCAAGUCCCUGAUGGCGAUUGGCAAGCGGCUGGCCACGCUCCCCACCAAGGAGCAGAAAACACAGCGGCUGAUCUCAGAGCUCUCCCUGCUCAACCAUAAGCUCCCUGCCCGAGUCUGGCUGCCCACUGCCGGCUUUGACCACCACGUGGUCCGUGUGCCCCACACCCAGGCUGUUGUCCUCAACUCCAAGGACAAGGCUCCUUAUCUGAUCUAUGUGGAAGUCCUUGAAUGUGAAAACUUCGACACCACUAGUGUCCCCGCCCGGAUCCCUGAGAACCGAAUUCGGAGCACACGGUCUGUAGAGAACCUGCCUGAAUGCGGUAUCACUCACGAGCAGCGGGCAGGCAGCUUCAGCACUGUGCCCAACUAUGACAAUGAUGAUGAGGCCUGGUCAGUGGAUGACAUAGGCGAGCUGCAGGUGGAGCUCCCUGAAGUGCACACCAACAGCUGUGACAACAUCUCUCAGUUCUCCGUGGACAGCAUCACCAGCCAGGAGAGCAAGGAGCCUGUGUUCAUUGCAGCAGGGGACAUUCGACGACGCCUUUCGGAGCAGCUGGCUCACACCCCCACAGCCUUCAAACGAGACCCAGAAGACCCUUCUGCAGUUGCUCUCAAAGAGCCCUGGCAGGAGAAAGUGCGUCGGAUCAGAGAGGGCUCCCCAUAUGGCCAUCUUCCCAAUUGGCGGCUCCUGUCAGUCAUUGUCAAGUGUGGGGAUGACCUUCGGCAGGAGCUCCUGGCCUUCCAGGUGUUGAAGCAACUGCAGUCCAUUUGGGAACAGGAGCGAGUGCCCCUGUGGAUCAAGCCAUACAAGAUUCUUGUGAUUUCGGCCGACAGUGGCAUGAUUGAGCCAGUGGUCAAUGCUGUGUCCAUCCACCAGGUGAAGAAACAGUCACAGCUCUCCUUGCUCGACUACUUCCUGCAGGAGCAUGGCAGUUACACCACCGAGGCAUUCCUCAGUGCCCAGCGCAAUUUUGUGCAAAGUUGCGCUGGCUACUGCUUGGUCUGCUACCUGCUGCAAGUCAAGGACAGGCACAAUGGGAACAUCCUUUUGGACGCAGAAGGCCAUAUCAUCCACAUCGACUUUGGCUUCAUCCUGUCCAGCUCACCCCGAAACCUGGGCUUUGAGACGUCAGCCUUUAAGCUGACCACCGAGUUUGUGGACGUAAUGGGCGGCCUAGAUGGUGACAUGUUCAACUACUACAAGAUGUUGAUGCUGCAGGGGCUGAUUGCUGCUCGGAAACACAUGGAUAAGGUGGUGCAGAUCGUGGAGAUCAUGCAGCAAGGUUCUCAGCUUCCUUGCUUCCACGGCUCCAGCACCAUCCGCAACCUCAAAGAGAGGUUCCACAUGAGCAUGACUGAGGAACAGCUCCAGCUGCUGGUGGAGCAGAUGGUAGACGGCAGCAUGCGGUCUAUCACCACCAAACUCUAUGACGGCUUCCAGUACCUCACCAACGGCAUCAUGUGACACCCUCCUUCUCAGACCCCAGAGUGGUGGGGGAUUCAGGAGACCUUCUCUCAGAGGGCCCUUGUCAGGGAAAACCCAAACCAGGCUACCCCACCCAUCCACCCAUCCACUCGGGAAGUGGAAGGCAAGAAAUACAAAGGAUCAUGUGGUAACUGUAGAGCUUGCCAGCGGGGUGGGAGAGCCAGCCAUGGGGUUCAGACUUGCUGGGGCUUCCCUUCCCGUCCCCUCCCCCAACCAGCUGUGUCAGUAUUACCACCUGACAGACUCCGGGACUCACUGCCCUCCAGAGAACAGGUGAUAAAUGUGAGGGACACUGGGGCCUUUUUUCUCGCCAGGGUCCAAGAGGUUCUUUCCACAGGCCAUCCUCUUAAUCUGUUCUGGGUCCCAGGAAAGGGGGAAGAGUAGGUUCUUGGUACUUAGGACUUGAUCCUGUGGUUGGCCUUUGGCCAUGCUGCUGCCCAACUCUGUCCCUUCCCAGGGACUGACCCCUAGCCUGAGUUCCCCUUGGUAGGUGGGCUCUGGUAUAGGGUCCUGCACUUGCUGAGGUUCCCCAUCACAGAGGCAGGAAGGGAAUUAUCACAACCCCUCCAGUGUGUGUGAGGGUACUAGGCUAGCCGUGGGGAAUUCCUUGCCCUGAUCCCUUCCCCACACCCAGGGAAAUAGCUCUCAACUUUUUAUUCUUAAUUUUUGUUUGAAAUAAAGUCCUUAGUUAGCCAUC